AUGGGCCAGGGUAAAACUCGUGCGUAUAAGCACCGUCUUGAUAAAUAUUACCACUUAGCUCGUCAAGUAGGUUAUAGAUCUCGUGCAGCUUUCAAGUUAAUUCAAUUGAACCAGCAAUUUAAUUUUCUAAAUGAUGCCCAUGUUUGCUUAGAUCUUUGUGCUGCCCCAGGAGGUUGGUCACAGGUCGCCGCUAAGUACAUGCCUGUUGGUGCACAGAUCAUUGCUAUCGAUCUUGCCCCAAUCAAAGACAUACCAAGAGUUAUUGCUCUUCAGGGAGAUAUUCUUCUUCCAAAGACACAUCAACGCGUUCGCAAACUCAUUCAAGGACAAAAAGCCGAUGUUGUUUUGAACGAUGGUGCUCCAAACGUUGGUGCUGCAUGGGUUACAGACUCUUCAAAUCAGCUUGAACUUUGCUUAGCUUCAGUCAAGUUCUCAACACUUUUCCUUCGUAAAGGCGGUUCUUUUGUUACAAAAGUUUUCCGUUCUGAGCAUUACAACUCAUUAUUGUGGGUUUUAAGUCAAUUCUUCGAAAAAGUCGUUCCAACAAAGCCAAAAGCUUCUCGUGACUCCUCAGCUGAACUUUUUGUUGUUGCUCUUGGUUACAAAGCUCCAGAUGUUGUUGAUCAGCGUCUUUUAGAUCCAACAUAUGUCUUCUCAGAUCUUGAUGAGCUCAUUGCCAAGCACGCUGUCCCAUCUGGCGUUGAAACAAAGAUGACAUCCAUUGAUUACAGCACAAUUUCAGUUUCUGAGUAUCUUCGUGCAGAGAAACCACUCGAUAUUCUUACAACAGCCAACAAACUUGUCUUUGGAGACGAUCCUGUCAGCCAGGCCGCUCUCAAUCAUCCUCAAACAACAAAUGAAAUCAAGACACUUCUUUCGGAUCUCAAAUUGGUCGGUUUUUCUGAUCGCAAAGUCCUUCUUAAGUGGCGCAACAAGCUUCGCAACCUCUUAGUCCUCGGAAAUGCCGGCGAAGAAGAGAAAGUCGAAGAAGAAAAGAAGGAAGAAGAAGAGGAAGUCGAUGAAUCAGACGAGGAAAUACAGGCGGCCAUGGCCGAACUCAAAGCCAAGCGUCGUAAAGAAGAAAAAGCCGCAAGAAGACAUAAAGCCAAAUUACGUGACCAACUCCUCAAGAGAUUGCAGCGCAAUAUGGGCGGAACAACACACGAAUACGUUGAUCCUAAAGACAGAUUCCAGAAACUCGAGACACCAAAUAUUGUCGACGACACACCAAAGACAUACGAACAAUUAAUCGAAGAAAACAUCAAUAACUACGAAGCCAACAAGCUUGGCGAUGCUCUUGACGAGCAGGCGGAUGAUGAGUACGCAUUUGUCGGACCACGUCCAAAAUUCGCCAACGUUGUUGAAAUUGAUGAAUCGAAGUUACCAGAGGAUGAACAGCAGAAGCUCAAGGAGAGCAGAAUUUGGUACAACCAAGACAUUUUCGAUGAUAUCUCAUCCGAUGAUGACAAUGAGUACACAUCCGAUGAAGAAGGUGGCGAACUUGUUGAAGUAGAUGAAACAGAGCUCGCCAAGGAAGACGAAGAGAAGCAGAAAGAAGACCAGCAAGCCGAAGAACAAAAGGCCAAAGCAACCGCCGCGGCCGACCAACUUAAAGGCCAAACAAAGAAGGAGUUCGACGCAGCCGCAUUCUCACAAGCCAAGCUCGCCUCAACUAAAGCUGGCAGAAGAGAGUUAGUUGAGAAAUCCUUCAACAGAUUCAUGCAUGGAGAUGAUGAUUUAGCUCCAGAAUGGUUUGUUAACGACGAGAAGAAGUUCAACAGGCCAAUGAUCCCUGUAACAAGAGAUGAAGUCGCAGAGUUCAAGCAACAGAUGAAGGAGAUCGAUGAAGUUGAUACAAAGAGAGUUCUCGAAGCAAGACAGAGAAAGAGAACGAAAGCACUCCAGAAGAUCAAGGCUGCUCAGGAGAAGGUCGAUGAUAUCGCUGAAAAGGAAGGCUUGAAUGAAAGGUCUAAAUUACGUUUGAUGGACAGAAUUGCUGAUAAGGUUACACGCGAAAUGAAGCCUGCUCCAACUGUUGUCGUCGUUCAGAAGAGAGACAACGGUCAGCCAAUUAUUCCUAAACAUGCAAAGGGUUCAAAGCUUAUGUUUGUCGAUCCUCGCGCAAAGAAGGAUCUCCGCGCAAGGAAGAACGCAGAGAUGCGUCCAAAGGGUGUGCAGAAGAAGAAGAAAUCUCAUUAUAUUCACCGCCGCAAGUAA